GGUUUCGUUUUCACUUGAAAAAUGAAACAUCUCUCUCUCUCCCGCGUCGCCGUCAUAAAAGACUUUAACAACUAAAGCGCAUUUUAACAACGAGCGCCGGCUGACUCUGAUUGCAAAAUUGCAAUGGCUUCUUCUCCAAACACCAAACCUUUUUAAAAUAGUAUAAAAGGGAGAGCAAAGGGAGAUCCUUUCAGAUUCCCGGUAUCGCUCUUUUCUGCUCUUUUGCUUACUUUUGCAUCGUCUCUCUCUCUCUAUCUUUCUCUGUUCUCUCUGUCUCUGUCUCUGUGUCUCUCUCUCAUUGGCGCCAAAGUUAUGAAAGUGGAGAUGGUCGGGAAAGAGAUGCAUGAGGCGAUUGAAGAGGAGGAGGAGCAGGAGUUUACGCCGGAUAUUAAAAAGCAGUUUCCCGCGCCCGUGGAUAAUGCUGACAUAGAUGGAGAGGAGCUUUUCGUUCCGCCUCUCAACUUUGCCAUGGUCGACAAUGGUGUCUUCAGGUCUGGUUUCCCAGACACACCCAACUUUUCCUUCUUACAGACCCUUGGUCUUCGUUCCAUCGUAUAUCUCUGUCCGGAACCUUAUCCUGAGCACAACACCGAGUUUCUUAAGUCGAAUGGGAUUCGUCUUUUUCAAUUUGGGAUUGAAGGAUGCAAGGAGCCUUGGGUAAACAUUCCAGAGGAUAUGAUUCGUGAAGCACUCAAAGUAGUCCUUGAUGUUAGGAACCACCCGCUUUUAAUUCAUUGUAAUAGAGGGAAGCACCGGACUGGUUGUCUGGUGGGGUGCUUGAGGAAAUUGCAGAGGUGGUGUUUAUCUUCAGUGUUUGAUGAGUACCAACGUUUUGCUGCUGCCAAAGCCAGGGUUUCAGAUAUAAGGUUUAUGGAGUUGUUUGAUAUUUCCAGCUUGAAACACUUGCCAACUUCAUUUUCAUUUUCAAAGAGGUAAUGAACUCGUUUAUCAAGAAGGGACUUCCUUCCGUAUGUAGGGAGAGAAUUCAAGGUUCCUGUACCAAGGAAGGAAUGAUGAAGAAGAGACCGAAGAGGCCCAAGGUGUGUUUUAGUGGUCUUUUUGGCAAAGAAGAAUAAACACCAGUCCCUUUUUCCUCCUCUGUUAAUAAGAGGAGAGUAUUGUAGCAUUAGCAAUUAUGUAUCACCAUUUUCCCUCCCUAUGUUUCCAAUUUCCAAGCGUUUCGUCUUCGCUUUUCUUUUUCUAUUUCUAUCUAACACAAUCCGUAUGGGCAGACUGGCUUUUCAUCUUGUGGUUUUUCAUUUAUUUCUUCA